AUGAGUUCCCAGCAUUACCAUGAUGAGAUUCCGGAUGAGGAAAUGCAGGGGCCGGCAUAUCCAGAUCCUGGUGAAAAUAUUCACUAUCAAUGGCAAAAUGAUCAACCUUCAAAUUUUGACGUUGGGGAAAUGCUUGCUUCGGUGAUUGAUCCUCGCUUGUUUGGGGACCAAACAACACAAGCCCAACCUCAAAGCAUCAAUCAAUAUCGUCAAGAUCUCAACGAAAGUGAAGGCGAAGUCGAAGAGCAAGAGGCCGGUGACCUCUACCCGGAUGAAUAUGGCAUACAAGCAUAUCCUCCCGUGCCUGGCGAUGGAGACGCGUCAGACGAGGAUUAUGCUUUAUCUGGAGAGGAAAGCGAGAGCGAGUCUGAUGAAGACGAACCAGCGGAAGAUGAUGACGACGAUCGUUCAGCCGCCAGCAGGCGCCGUCGUCGUGGAGGUGGACGGUUUUCUGGAAGAUAUGGCGCUCGUGGUGGAAAGGGUAUCAGAAGAGGACCACGCAAACCCCUAGAGCCCAGUCCAGAAUUCAAACAUCUUCAUUCGGGGGCUACCUCUGCCUUCAUUGAUGGGGACUAUGAACUGGCCAUUGAUCUUGUGAUGCAGGCGAUUCAGAUUAACCCUGAGAUCUUUGCUGCCCAUUCUUUGCUCUCUGAAAUUUUCCUUGCACAAGGAGAAAAUGAUAAAGCCCUGACAGCUCUUUUCAACGGAGCUCAUACGAGACCGAAAGAUCCCGGUGUCUGGGUCAAAGUUGCUCGGCUCAUUUUGGAUCGCGCCGGAGAGAAUCGGCAAUCCGCAUUGCAUGAUGUUGCUUAUUGUUACAGUCGUAUCCUUGAGGUCAGCCCCGACAACACCAACGUUCGUUUCCAGAGAGCAGCGAUCUAUCGUGAACUAGGUCACAACGGCCGAGCUGCAGCUGAGUAUGAGAGACUACUCAAGGACUGCCCACACAGUGCCAGAGCACUACGCCAUCUUGCAGAAACGUACAUUGAUCUCAAAGACGUACAAAAAGCAGCAGACUUUUAUGCCGACAGCAUUGAUCACUACUUAUCUCUCGACCCUGAGGCCUCUGGUUUCACCUGGUCGGAUCUCAAUAUCUAUGUUGAGCUUUUUGGCUAUCUCAAACAACCUGAAGAAGGACUCAUCUCAUUAAAAAUCCUAGCACGUUGGCUUCUAGGUCGCGGAAAAGAUACAAUAUGGGACGCCAUUGACGAUGACGAUAGAGAAUGGGACGCUGAUGAUUCUCCUCGACGCAUCAAAACCGAUGGUUUUAUGCCCGGUCAGUGGCCUCGAGAGUCAUACGGGCUUGGUCUCCCGCUGGAGCUUCGGAUAAAAAUGGGUGUUUUUCGCCUGAAAUUGGGCGACAAGCAUCACAGCGAGGCAUUGCAUCACUUUGAAUGGCUCAACCCAGACGAUGAUUCCGAAGGUGCCCGGAUUUACGACUACGGUGACCUAUUCAGGGAAGUCGCAGAUGCUCUAAAACAAGUCGGCCUCUUGGAGGAAGCACUCCGAUACUAUACGCCCAUCCAGCAGACCGCUGAACAUGCUGACAUCGGCUUCUUCAUGGCCAUGGCUGAUUGCUGUAUGCAGUUGGGCAAGAUAGAAGACGCUGAAAGUUGUUAUCUACUUGUCGCUGAACACGAUUCUAGACAUAUGGAGUCGCGAGUGCUACUAGCGAAGCUAUAUGAGAGCCUCGGGAUGAGCGAACAGGCUAUGAAGUAUGUCAGUGAGGCAGUCCUGAUCGGUCGGCAGGAAAAUCGCAGCCGGGGAAGGAGAAAGGACACUAGGCUUGAACAACUUGCCAUAGAGUUCAAGAUGGCUGCGUCAGAACCCCUCCGACCGCUUGCACCCAAACCAACACAGGCAGCAACACUUAUGAAUGCGCCUCCGGCCCCUGGCAAAGGACGGGCGCAACCCGGCGAAGGUACUCGGACUGAUGAUAUUCAAUUCUUGUACGGGAAGUUGUUGGAGUUGGAUCCCCAAAUCAAAGACGGGGACCCUGUAGCCAUUGAAGAUUGGCUUGACAUUGCUGAUGCUCUGUUGCGAGAUUUCAAAAACAAUCGAGCAUUCUAUCCGAUGGAUCGAAGUAUUGCCUUUAGGGGAUAUUCGACUGGUGUCAAAUCGAAGAACCCGACAAAAAGUGGCACAAUGAUGGAUGAAAUGCAGCAAAUGGCGAGCCGUCUUCAGCAAACUAUGGGAGAUGUCACGGAAGAACCCUUGCAGGGCGCCAUUCCCACGGACUACCAUGGUAUACCAUUUGAUGAAUGGCUUGACAUAUUCCUACAGUACGCUCUACUUGUAGCAGAGCAAGGCGAGCCAGAAGAAGCUUAUGAAACCCUUGACUCUGCGGCGCUUGCAAGCAUCUGGUUGCACUCUAAGCCUAAGUCCCGAUUGAUUCAUGUUUGCUGGUUCACAUGUGCUCUCCAUGCACGAGACGAAGAAACACUGGCCAAUGAAGCCCGCUGGUUCAUCAAAGAAUACCAGUUUGUCACCGACACUUAUCGACUUUUCUCUAUGCUUGGCCACCUAUGUGGCGACCCUCACCGAUCUCUUUUCCAUUCCUCUGGAAACAUGAAAUUCAUGCUUCGCCAAGUCAAGGCGAUAGAUUUUACGGUACCACAAGAUACCCCUCGACCCAUCCGGCAAUCUGUCUGGAAAGAGCGCGCCACUCUAUCCACACGGGACGAAGCCGGUGAGCCCAUCACCGCGAAAGAAUUGGAUAUCGCUCUUCUUGUGCUUUAUGGCCACAUGCUGUACUCCGGAAACAGUUUCUACCCCGCGUUGAACUAUUUCUUCCGAGCAUACGCCCUAGAUGACCAAAACCCGGCCGUUCUCCUUUCCAUCGGACUCUCAUUCAUCCACCACUCACUGAAAAGACAGUCCGAAAAUCGUCAUUACCUUAUCAUGCAGGGACUAUCCUUUAUGCAUGAAUACCGGCUGGUUCGGGAGAAGCCGGGAACUCUCCUAGCCGAAAAACAGGAGAUGGAAUUCAAUUUCGCUCGUGUAUACCACUCGCUUGGUCUAGCCCACCUUGCCGUCGAAGGGUACGACCGUGUGUUGAAGCUCGGCGAGCAGAUUCAACAAGAGGCUAAACAAAAGUCUCUUGAAGAACCGACAUCUACAACCGAUGGAGCUGAUGUGGUUAUGGGCGAUGUUGGCCAACCCCAGCCCAUUCGCCAACGUUUUAUUGAAGAUUUCUCCCCCGAGGCCGCUUAUGCCCUGCAGUGUAUCCAUGUCCUCAGUGGCAAUGCAAAGGCUGCAAAGGCUGUCUCAGAAAAAUGGCUUGUCAUCUGA